AUGACUGAGCGCACCGUAAUGGGCGUAUUUUUUUACGUGCCGAAUCUUAUCGGAUAUAUGCGCGUGCUACUAACGCUCUACAGUUUAGCAGUCGCAUUCACAAACUACAAGGUUAGCGUUCUGUGCUAUGCGCUGAGUUUCACUUGCGACUAUUUUGACGGCUUCUUCGCGCGCCUUUGCAAUCAAUCCUCGACGUAUGGUGCCGUGCUGGACAUGGUUACGGACCGCUGCUCAACCGCAGGAUUGCUUUUGGUGUUAUCCCACUUGUACCCUCAGUACUGGAUAAUCUUUCUGUACCUACUGAUCUUAGACUUCUCCAGCCACUGGUACCACAUGUACUCAAGUCGCGGCCAUCACAAAGUGGUCUCAGCUGAGCGCAACUUUGUCUUACGUUUCUACUACGGAUUCUAUCCCUUUUUUGGCUUUUGCUGCGUUGGUGCUGAGCUCUUUUACAUUCUACUUUACGUGUUGCACUUCAAUCCUACCGUGUUGAUCCCGAUAGUCAACGUACCAGUCAUGAAGCUGUGUUUCUACGUUUGUCUACCCGCUUGUAUAUGCAAGAACAUUGUCAAUUUGGCGCAAUUAUGCAGUGCCGCAAGCUCGAUUGCAACCGAUGACGUGAAGCUCGCCAACAAGACCAAGUAA